AUGGAGUCACCGGCGGAUGAGGCUGAGGCGCUAUUCGGGCUCAUGGCAGGUUCUUCCAGUAUCCAAGCAAGUCACAAUGGCCCUGAGUCCCGAAGUUCAAGGCGGGAGAAGAGCUUGAACUGCACAGGAAGGAGAUGGUCUCAUGGCUGGGGCAUUGAUGGCCAUCCGUACCUGGACACUUCUUCGCAGUUCCUCCACCUGAGUAAGCCGCAGCCAGUAGCUGCACGUGCCCCGGCCUGGGCGCCAAGCUACCCCUACCCACGAGCUUUGCGAGGUCCGGGGUCUGCGUUGCAGGAGCCCACGGUUGAGGGAACGAAGCGCGAGCCGGGCACCGGUAGCUUGGUGGAGGCGAUGGAGACGGCUGCGGCCGCGUCAUCUGCUCCGAGUGCUUUGCCCGAAGACCUGCUUCAUUCGCUGGAUGACUUGUCAGCAGCGCUGGGGAGCCUUGACCAGCCAGGUGUUCUGGCUGCCCUUCAGAGGCUGAAAACAUUUCGCUUCGAGGAAGAGGGGCUGAUGGCGAGUCGGGCUAAAGACCUAUUGGACGCAUACACCGGAAGACGAAGCCCACCUCCACCCUGCCAGAGCUGGAAACUUCGAGCGGUGGAGAAAGAGAUCUACAGACGCUUUCGGGAGGUCUGUGUGAAAAACCCAGAAGGCAUUCAGCACUUCAUCGAGAGCGGCCUUCCUGCUCAGCUUCUCUCAAUCCUGGAGCCAUAUCGCUUGGCGAAAAAGGCUGCGGAGAUUUCAGCUCCUCUGGCCAAGGGUCCAAAGCCGACACCUGUUACCACGACGACUGCGACUGGUGCAAGUAAGGCCGCAGCUUCGGCGACUUACCGUGCAGUCGUCCCUGCUAGGAUUGGUGCAUCGGAGGCAACGCUUUCGAGUGCAGCUCUGCAGCUGCCCUGGUCAUCAGAAGAAUGUUGGGAGAGGCGCUGGGAGCAAGAUCUUGUCUGGCAUCCGGGGAUCCUAUAUGCAGCGCACCAAGCUCUGCCCCAACAGAGAUAG